AUGGCCAAGCCUAGCUACUACGGCGCAGUCAGGGAUUGCCUCGGUUUUACGCCCGAGCUUGUACACACUUCCCAAGUCGCAGAACCAUCCUUCGACACUUCUCCGGCUUCAGGUCGUCCACCGAGGCACCGUCAGGCGAAUGCGCCACGAGCUUCAACAGUAAUCGAACUUCGCGACAUCUUAAACCCGAGCUCUCCUGUCCCGAGGGAGGAGAGCCGGUCUCCGUCUCCCAAGCUGCCGAACCAUCCUAUUCCUGUCCCAGAUGUCCCUAUGUCCGGUAUCCAUUCAGCCACUCUUCCCGACUAUGCAGGCAAUUUCACGGAGACUGCCGCCGGGGAUGACUCUCUCGCAGGCCACUACUAUCGUGGGGUGACUGAGGACUCUCCGACUUUCCCUACCGAGUUUCGACUGAGCUCUCACUCGGAGUUGCAGCCUAUGCCCCAGAAUGUAGUCUCACGCCACUCCAUUUAA